UAUAACUGUCAAUUAAUUACUAUUUUACGUGCCUGUGUACUACGUUCAAAAUGUCGAACAAUACCUUUUGCGAAUUGAAUUUCACUCAAAAUUUUGAUUCAGAAAAUGAAGAUAGGCAAAUGGAUAGUGGCAGUUAUACUUCAGAUGCGCUUCCACCCGAAAACACAGACAUAACCGAUUUCGAAAAACACGUAAUUUGCCAUAAGAAUAAUUUGCAACAACGUUUACGAGAUUUGCACGAAACGAUGAUGUUUUUGAAAACGCGACUUGCAGAAGAAAAAUUUUUGUUGGAAGAAUCCAGGAAAGAAUCUCGUAUUUACGAAACAAGGACAACGCCAACUGUUGGUUUUGAAAAUAGCGUUCAGCACCAAGUAAGUGAAAUUUUGGAGAAACCAGCUAUGUCUGCAUCUGAGUAUCAAGAAAAACUCACCAAAUAUGAAAGUGCUCUUUUGAAGGCGCAGGCGGAUAAACGAGCCAGCUUAAAACGCCAAAUUUCGAUAAAUAAUUACAAACGUCAGUUAUUAGAAGUCGAAAAUUUAUGCAAUUUAGAACUGCUUAGAGUAAAGCAAAGCGUUCAAGUUUUGCAACCAUUGCAAAUGAUUGCUUCUGAGUGGAAACGCACGAGUAAUGAUGGGGCGGGUAAUGAUGUCGAAAUCACUGGCAUUCAAGGAAAGAAGUCCAAUAAGGAAUACUUCUCUGAACCUUCGACGUCUGAGGAAAGACUCGUUCUGGAAUUUGCAGAUGUACCUGUGAACGAUGGACACCUACUACAAAAACACGAAUCCUGUGAUAUUGGAAAGACAGCGAAAAUAUCUUCAUCAAGUCAAGUUUGGGGGGAAGACGAUGACCUCAAUUCAAUUUGUACUAAUGCAUGGUACUCGACUGACAGAUAUUUACGUUCUUCAGGGUUCAGUGACAAUGAACGAUCGACAAUUAUAUAAAAAAUCAUAUGUCGAGUUUUCAAAUUUUAGUUAACAUGCUAAUAAAACUGUAAACUGUGGUGAAAAUGUACCUUACAUGUGAAUGGAAAAACAAAACUCGUGUUUGGAAGUUUUAAA